GACCAGAGGACCCACUUUUUUUUUCCGUGACGCUUUCAGUAACUCCUGUUUUCUAUCUUGCUUCCUUUUCCUUUUUUACUCUUUUUUUUCGUUUUUUGUGCUUUUCUUUUUUAAUGACAUUACUGCAUUUACAAUGAGUAAAGAGGAACAGAAAAUUGAAAAAGCAAAUGCAAAUUUGACAGCUUCGGCUCAAGAUAAUAGUGCAGACAGAUGCUAUCCCAGUUGCCAAAGUAGACAAACAUGUGUAUCUAUUUGGGGGUGUGACAAUUGUUUAGUAUGGAAAUGUUUUGAAAAUCGUGCCCAAUUACAAGCAGCAACCGAAUUCCAUACGGGCGAUAAUGGCAAAAGAACUAUCUUAAUAGCUGUAUUAGCAACAGGACUUGCUUGUAUAGUAGCUUGUACUAUUGGUGCAUUUGUAUUAUAUAAGCGACGACGACUACCAAAACCAUCAAGCUAUCAUGACGCUGAUGAGAAAUAUUUUUCAAUUGAACCAUUAACUCCUAUUCAACCAGCGAUUUUGCCACCAAUUUGGACACAUCAGUGUGACCCGUUUAUUAUCGGUGCUCAAUCGCUACAAAUACCUCGUCUGGACGACACACCCGGUCCAUUGAUGAAUAGAUCAGCCUCGAUAUACAAUAUACCAUCCAUAACCCAUAUCGACAGCUCACCUUCGUUUCAAUGUACAAAACCAACUCUUGUAAGGAUAGACACCAUUAUAAAAAAAGACGAUUGCGAUUUAAACAGAGAAACAUCAAUAAAAACACCCAACGACUCGUCUUCAAGUAAAGCAACUGACUUUCUGUAUCUCUGCCCUCCACCACAUAAUGAGCAAGAACAUACACCGGCGUCAUCAAGCUCAACAUUGGGAGACGGUUCCAUUACUGUCUUUUUCGAAUCGCCUCGUUUCUAAAUAAUUCCCCGAACACACAUACUGUAUACUUGUAAAUAAAAUAUGCUCUUAAAAAAUAAAUAAAAUAGAUACCGCUUACAUGAUGGAAACAAACGCUAAAGCAGAACACGCAAUUUUCUUUCUUUUUUUACCUGAUCGAUUCUGUCAAACUGGGAUCAUAGUAAAACUUGUAACAAUACGUUCUAUGGGUAGAAUAUGCCGUAUUAGCGAC